AGGAAGAGGCUCUUUGAACCACUGAGUUAGUGCUGAAACUACUGCUUGCUUGUUUGAUUAUCCACCAACAACUGCAUUACUUGGAUAUCACCUGGAAAAGCAAGAUGACAGUAACGGAGCAUUUCCCGAAGAUCCUCAGGGUUUUUAAAGAUGUCCCUGUUCCCAGCAUUGGGAUCCUCACAGUAGCCUUCUUGUCGUGCUUUUUAUUUGGCAUCCAAACGUCUCUAAACUUCAGCCCGGGCGUCUUCAGUAUUGGUGGGAGUGUGUUUCUGAAGGGGCACCUUCACAUCCUCUUCCUGUUUCCCUUCUACCACCGGACCUCCACCCAGCUCCUCCUCAGCCUCGCAGCUCUGGCCUUCCUCAGCAGCAGUCUGGAGAAAGGCAUCGGCACCGUUCGCUUCAUGUUCGUCUUCCUGCUGCUGUCCUCCACCACCGGCUUGUUCUACAGCUUCCUGGAUCUCCUGCAGGAGGACACCUACAAGGCUCACGCUGAGGGCUUGGUUCCUGUCACCCUGGCCUGCGUGGCCCUGACCACCAUGCACACCAAGAUGACCAAAGGGUUUCUGUGUGGAGUCAGUUUCCCCACCAUGGCCCUCCCGUGGGUGUUCCUCAUCAUCACCACGGCUCUUGUCCCUCACAGUGUGCUGCCCUGCAAUGUCAUAUCCAUCAUCGUUGGUUGGGUGUACGGUAAAGGCUGGUUGUCUCUUCUGGACCUCUCCGAGGCUCGGGCUGGAGUUCUGGAGAAGAUGAUGCCCUUCAGGUGUUUGAGGAGCAUCAGAGGGGUGGUUUUUAUCCCGGCCAACAUAGAGGAGAGGAGGAAGACUCUGCUUCCACAGAUCAACCCCACGCCUGGAUCUUACCCCGUCCAGGCUUAUGCUCCAGUGUCCAGCGUUGACUCCAUUCCCACCAGACCUGUGAUGUAUGAAGGCUGGACCAGUGCUAUGUCCAGCCCCACGCCACCUCUUAACCUUCACGCACACGUCUCAUCACAUAGCGCUCAGCACGAUCACGGACAUUUUUCAGAACUGACAUUUGGACACAUGAACCACCACAACCAUAGUCAUGAUCAUGGUCACGGUCACAGUCAUGAUCAUGGUCACAGUCACAGCCAUAGUCAUGAUCACGGUCAUUGCCAUGGUCAUGGCAUUUAAUGUGUUACUAGUAUUGCAACUAUUAUGGCACACAUUGUUUGAAUACUGUUUUACACUGUUAAUAAGCCUGCUUACUGCUUCAGGAUCUGUUUUUUUUUUUUUUUUUUACUAUUACAUUGAAGGCAUUUGUACUUUUUGUAUCAGCUAAUAAAUGUGUAAAGAUUUGUAAAAAAAAAAAAUUGAUAUAAUUGUUGUAUAGUACACAAUGUAAAAUGCUGUUUAAAAAUAUUCAUUAUCCAUAACUUUAAGCAGCCACACACAGGAAACAGUACACCAAAUUGUAACAUGUAUUUAUAUAUAAAAAAAAAAUGCACACAAUCAAAAAAUAGAAUUUUAUUGUUAGAAUCUGCAACUACUUUGCAGUAUAUUUGGUGCUGGUGUUUCUCAUUAGAAGCGACCAGAACUGUGUUUACAUUUCUUCAAACUAUCCAAAUUCAUUUAGCAUGCUCCUCUUCUGUGAAAUUCAAAUUGUAUGACUAAUCACCUCAGGUACUCGGGUUCAUAUUAUCAGUAGCGGUGCAAGAAUUAAAAACAAUCUCAUUGAAUUACUUGAGCAAUGUGUUAGAGCAUUUUAGCUAGUCACCGGUUAUUCUUUUGAUCGAAUAGCCCCCAAAACAAACAGCCCACUCUGGAGUGAAAAAUUCAAGUUUCUGUUCAUCAUUGUUACAUUUUCACCAAUAAACAGCCAGAAACAGUAAUUGAUGAUACAUACAAGCUGCUCACCCUCUAAAGAAAACUAUUGGGAUUUAAUGUCUGGCCCAAGGGCUCCUCAGCACCAGUCAGGAGAGGAUCAAAUAAAACAGCUUGGGUUCAGAUGAUGAACUUGACUUCUACCUGAGCUUCAGCUGCUCUGACAUUAAAAAUUUAUUUAUUUUCAUGUAAUAUACCAAAUACUUAUUUUUCCCCACUCUUAAUGGUGAACAAAAAAUAAUCAACACCUAUAAUUUGAGUUCUAGACUCCAGGUGAGAAAAUAAUCUUUCACAUAACUUUUGGUCUAACAAUUCAAAGUCAAGAUAUCCUAAUUGUCGCCUAUUUUAGAACUUUUAAUUAGUAUUAUGAAUUCAAAUGAACUAUUAUUAAAGCAAGGACAUUUUACUCUUCAAUCUGAUUUAUU